AUGACUUUCCAUCCUGACACUCUCCCUAAUCUCAAGGGGAAAGUUUUCAUAGUUACGGGUGGGAAUUCCGGCAUAGGCUACUACACAGUGGCUCACUUAGCAGAACACGGCGCUCACGUUUACAUGGGCGUCCGCGCCACAGACAAGGGCGCGGCAGCCAUCGCCAACAUCAAGAAGACGUAUCCAUCAGCCAAGAACAUCGACCUCUUGCAGAUGGAUCUCAUGGAUCUCACCAGUGUUGUCGCAGCUGCCAGACGAUUUCUCACUCUUGAAACAGCUCUCCACGGCCUGGUUAACAACGCAGGCAUAAUGGCGACGCCCUUCGAGAUCACCAAAGACGGCCACGAGGCCCAGUGGCAGACCAACUACCUAUCGCACUGGGUCUUAACCGAGCAGCUGCUUCCCCUGAUGCUGCGGACCGCCAAGACGCUUUCUCCUGGCAGCGUGCGCAUAGUGAAUCUCACUUCGUCGGGUCACCUGGGCGCACCCAAGGGUGGUAUCAACUUCAAUGACCUAUCGCUCAAGGAUGGCAGCACAUGGACGCGGUACGGUCAGAGCAAGCUCGCCAACGUCUUGCACACCAAGACCCUGCACAAGAUGUACGGCCCCGGCUCCCCAAAUAGUGAUCACAUUGCUUUCGAGCUGUUUGGUGUCUAG